AUGUCUCCUAACGGUGAAGCUUUCUUGCUUGACCCAAACACUCCGCCCGGGGCGACGAGAUACGCCCAUGCUCGCAUCGCACCGGCAUCGGCUCACCGUACCAUUUAUGUCUCCGGAAUAGCAGCAGUGACUCCUGAUGGAAAGCUCGAGGGUGCUACAGAGAAUGCAGACGGAACGUGGAAUCUAGACAUCCGAGAGCAGACAGCCGCCGUCCUACGAAGAAUUGACGCCAUCAUCCGAGGCGCUAGCAAUGGUAAAGGCGGCAUCCAUAAUGUCAUUGACUCGGUCGUCUAUAUAAUAGACAUGAAGUCCAAUUAUGCUGGAAUGAACGAGGAGUGGAACAAGAUUUUUGCAGAUCGCGCAAGUGCUCCGGCACGGGCUACCGUCGGGGUUCAAGAGCUGCCAGACCCGCGCUUUAUCGUGGAGGUCAAAGUAGUAGCAGUUGUCGACUUUGAGUAG